AAAAGCGUUAAUUAACACAUUUCAGAUACUCACACGUGGACUUGCACCCCGGUUUCUGUGAGAGAAAAAAAGGGAAGACAGAAGAGCGCACUUCUCUUAUUUCUUUCGGACAUUGAGAUCUUCUGGUUGGAGGUCCUUUCUUCUUUUCUGGCCCACUGAAGCCACGACGAAGGAGUCAGCGCAUAGCUGGACGAUAAAGAGAACAGAGCUUCUCUCAGGUUCCAGCUUGCUCGUGACCUCGACUAAUCUACGAUUUCAUACGCCUGUGAUACCCCUUUCUCCUCGACCUCUGUCGACAGUCCAUAUAAUCCGAAAUCCAGCGUUCAUGUCGUCGACGGAAGAAUCCCCCGCGCAGCAGGCGGCGCGUCUGCGUCGAGAACGUCGAGAAGCAAAGAUCAAGGCUGGAGGAUCAGCGCGAUUGGAUAAAAUCAGCAGUUUGAGCGGACGGACACCGGUGAGCGAGCGCGAAAGUGCUUCUCCCUCCCCGGCUCCAAGGGCGCCUACACCUCCCAUCGUCCUGCCGUCCGAACCGCAAAGCGAGAAUGAGUCUCGUCGCCGAUCUGUGUCGCCCUUCCCGCCUGCUCCUAUCGGCAUGGGCGCAGAGCAGUCCCCGGAGAGUAUACAGGCGCAGCAGGAAUACCUACGAGCGUUGCUACGGGCGCAUCCGCCGAACCAGCCACAGGCCCCGGUCGAGGAGGAUCCUACGAUGAAGCUACUGAGUUCGCUGAUGGGCGGUCUUCCGAUGGGCGACGCGGCAUCGGGAGCAGGGGCGGGAGCGACCCCGGAUCUGUCCCCUGCUGAUCUGUCCUCCGCACUGGGGGUACCGCCCUUUCUGUCCAAGUUGCUGCUAGGUGGCGGCGGAUCGCAGGUUCAGACACCCGCAGAGCAGCGGUGGCAGUGGAUCCUGAAGGUGCUGCACGCGGUGUUUUCGUUUGCGCUGGGAGUGUAUCUGCUCCUGGUCAUCGGCUCGUCGGUGGAAACAUACGGAAGCCGGCCGCCGCCUCCGGCCACGGCGCAGAGUCCCUUUGUGAUCUUCAUGACGGGGGAGUUGCUGCUGAACGGGACGAGGCUGCUGGUGCGGAAGCGCGAGGGGCCGCUGGGUGGAUUGGGAGUCGGGCUGGAGGUGGUGCGGGCAGUGGUGCGAGAUGGCAGCGUGGCUCUCUUCGUGCUGGGGAUGGGGAGUUGGUGGUAUGGAGGAUGGCAGCAGAUACGCGAGUGACAUCGCUUUCCUUAUGAGGUAUUAUUAAGUAUUAUGGCAACCUCUCCUGGAUGAUCAAGAAUAUAAUAACAUCAUGGAUAAAAUGAGCCUAGACGAGAUACCAGUAUUAAUCGAUCAUCACAUCAGUCAAUGGAUCAAUAGUAUACUAAUACUAACAGCCUUCCGGA